AUGGCUGCGAAGCUCGACCAGACAGCCGAGGGCAUCUGCGGUCCAAAGCGGGCUGUCGCAAGAGACUUAAUAGUCUACGAGACCGCUCCGGCUACACCUACCACUGGCUCCAAGGAAGAGGCAUACGCUCAAAAACUCGAUGCUUCGACCGGUGCUUCUCUCAAGCUCACCGUCCUCAACCCCAACGGUCGUAUUUGGAUAAUGAUCGCAGAUGGUGCAGCAGGCUUCGCACAUGAACUCGCAAACUACGGUGAAUACUCUGGUGCCCCAAACGAGGGUCAAGCUUUCGAAUAUGCCAAGACAACCUUCGACUUGCUCACGCGCCCACCUCCUCGCCCUGAUUAG